AUGAGUUGGGACCAACCGACAUACAGCUUUGGGAAUCCAAACGCCCAACCACCGACCCCCACGAAGACUCCGAUAUCCCCCCAUUUCCCCAGCCCAACUUUCCAGACACCAAGGAAUAAUAAUACAAGUUUCGAGGACCGUAGUGGUUGGACCCCUCAGUUUGCAGAGGAAUAUUCUGUCUUCAACUCCACCCCAGGACGAUUGACUAGCGCCCAACAUCACUCCUUCGUCGACGUCUCGACACCUCGCCCCUUGAUCGUCAACGGCCAGAAGCUGCCCUUAUCGAACCCAGCGGAUCUCUCAGCUGAAUUCGGAACUGAUGCCCACCAGCUGUCGCCGCACCCCAACGUACAAGGAGCGUCUCCAUCGAAUGAACUACCACCAUCUCCAAGACCAUAUUCAGCCAACUAUAACCGAUUCGAUGACAGCUCAAGGAAGAAGGUGACCCCGAGAAAGCCAAAGAAGCGCUUGGAUGAAGCUUUUAGUGGACAAACAGCUACUCCUCCUCCAACGGCAUCGAAGGGGUCCAGGAAACUUGCACCCAAGAUUCAGACCAAUACGAUGCAAAAUGAGUCUCAAGACGGCCACUAUGGCUCUUCACAAACCCCAACUCAGGCCAGCAUGAUGGCUUUUGCUUCGUCAUCGACGGAGAUGUUCAAUUACCCUAUGUCAGCUCCAGCCACCGCGGCAGCAUUUGGUGGCACGAAACCGUUCUGGGACACUGACACUAGUAUGAACGGCAUGGAUAUCGAUUUUGCGGCUGACGACGCAAUGUUCAAUACCGGAGGCCACCGGAUCAGCAAUUCUCUAGAUUGGGGACGAAGUAAUCAAAUAUUUCAAGAUUCCGUGAACAUGUCGUCAAAUCACCCAAAGCAGGUUUCCUCCAAGCGCCAACGACCCCUUGCUCCAAAAAUCUCCAUGCCGGGUGGGGAUAUACCGAUUUCUAUGGCCCCGUUCGAUUUCCAUAACACAAGCGCCGCCGAUGAUCCGUUCUCGGCUGGUCCUCUAGAUGGUGCGGUAGACCCGGGUCUCCUGUAUAGCCGAAGCAAUUCCAUUAGCAUGCCUUCUGCCUUUGAGGAUGCUACGCUACCGCCGCCCCGUCCUGCCACAAGCCAUGCUCUCGAGCCUUACCAACAUCAAUUAAGGGAAGCAUCCAGAGACCAGGAAGAGCUUCGUAGAUCUCGCAGCUACCGAGAUGGCGGCAAAUCCCGCCUAUAUGAUAGAGGGACCGUAAGCUCGCCGGUGAAGGGAUCAGCACGACCUGGGCUAUACCGCAGUGUUAGUGAGGUUAGGGGCAAAAGAAUUCAGGAUCGACCAAGGUCUCGAACAGGUCGAAUCUCUCCUGUAAAGCAACAGCGACCCCCGAGUCUUUCCUCAAUCCCCGAACUACCCCCACCGAGAGCUCGAACAGAGGUAAGGUUCACCAUAGAUUCCAAAGGCAGGGCCAGAACGGAGACUGUGAUAAUACAAGACAAGCCGCCGAGGUCCAGAGGUGGGCGGUCAACAUCGAAUGAAAAUUGGGAAUCGACUUCGACCGAAUCUUCUAGCGACGAUGAACCUAUUAUAGUACCAAGCCGAAACACCUCUUUCACGUUGCCCCCGCAAGGGAAAGGGCCAAAGCUCGCCACAUUCGAGACAUCCUUCCGCGGUGCGGAUGUGAGGAGACGUAGUACUAGCGGCUAUAGCCAGUCCGAGUCGUCAAGCCAACAGUCGUUACAAUUCGAGAGCGUAGAAAGCGAGGCUGAAACCGUGGUAGACGAAGACGAUGGCUCGGGGGAUGCAACGCUCGAGCUGAAGAGGUUAAUGGAGAGUCGGAAGCAGCGACAGAUGAUGAAAUCUCGGACUCCUCGUCACCACCGUUACUCCUCUGGCGGUGUCCGUGGUAACUCAAGGCACAUCAACUACAGCUCUUCCACCAAUAUAUCGCCGACAACUAUAACAGACCCCGAUGGGGCUACCCCUUCCAGCUCGCGGAGCGGCACAACGAGAUGCGUCUGUAACAAUCCGGAUAAUGACGGCUUCAUGAUCCAGUGCGAAUCUUGCGACAACUGGCUUCAUGCGGAGUGCGUCGGUAUUGAUCGUCGAGGCCUUCCUCCCGUAUAUAUUUGUGCCUUCUGUGCCAAUACUCCGAACAUGCGUGGUGGCCGUCUUCGCGAGACCGCCAAAGCGAACCCUACUACACACAUGGGCUCUUCUCCAUUAGCACACAAAUCGUUCAAGUCUUUUCGAUGA